GGCGAGCUCUCGGCGCGCGAUUGGCCGGCCGGCCGGUGACGUCACGGGCGGCCGCCGCCCGGGGCCGGGCCGGGACCCGGAGCCAUUACUGCAGGGGACGCCGGCAGGAUGUGUGACUUCACCGAGGACCAGACCGCAGAGUUCAAGGAGGCCUUCCAGCUGUUUGACCGUACCGGGGAUGGCAAGAUCCUGUACAGCCAGUGUGGGGACGUGAUGCGGGCACUGGGCCAGAACCCCACCAACGCCGAGGUGCUCAAGGUCCUGGGGAACCCCAAGAGUGACGAGAUGAACGUGAAGGUGCUGGACUUUGAGCACUUCCUGCCAAUGCUGCAGACGGUGGCCAAGAACAAGGACCAGGGGACCUACGAGGACUAUGUGGAAGGCCUCCGCGUGUUCGACAAGGAGGGCAACGGAACCGUGAUGGGUGCUGAGAUCCGGCAUGUUCUCGUCACGCUGGGCGAGAAGAUGACGGAGGAGGAGGUGGAGAUGCUGGUGGCCGGGCACGAGGACAGCAAUGGCUGCAUCAACUACGAAGCGUUUGUGAGGCAUAUCCUGUCGGGGUGACGGGCCCAUGGGGCGGAGCUCGUCCGCAUGGUGCUGAACGGCUGAGACGGGCCCGCAACCCCUCCCAGGCUUCCCGAGGCCGCCUCGGGUCUCUUCACAGCAGCUCCCCGCUCUGCCCGCCCGGGCGGUGUGGCCGUCAGCACUCACAAUAAACUUGCUUCCUAUGCCCUGAA